CGAACCUUACCUACACAAAUGCCUCAACUCGCAAGCAAUUAGGACACAGACGUCUGAAAAUCUAAUUAAGCGAUAGGAAUUCUAAUGGUCCAGGAUCCAAAUGAGACCCAGCCACUGUUAGCAGCCUUCAGUUUUGUCCUGUUGCCCGUGAUUACCCCAAGGUCAGGGAGAAGCACUGAAGCAAAGGCAUGAGCAUCCCUUUGAAAAAGAAACCUGCCUGGGGCACUCCUUCCUUCAGACUCCCCUUGAAAGUAUUCCCUCAUUUCAUUCCAAAGGAGUUAACUUUUCUAAACUAAGUGGUGCUGGUAGAAGAUGCUACCUAAGUGUUGCAGUAAUUCUUGAAGCUCUUCCAGGACAUCUUGGCCUUCCUCUGUUCCCUCCCUUUCCUGCUAUUUUGCAGACAUAUCCACUGGGGAAUUGUAUGGCAGGAAGGCUGAUUUUAUUUAGCUGGACCUUGAUUCUUGGUUUGCACAGUACCUGGGUCCAGCCUGCAGCAUUCGGGUCCAGUUCAGAGUCUGUCAUCUGAACCAUGAGGAUCUGGUGGUUUCUGCUUGCCAUUGAAAUCUGCACAGGGAACAUAAGCUCACAGAACACGUGCAGGCAAGGGCACCCUGGCAUCCCUGGGAACCCCGGUCACAAUGGUCUGCCUGGAAGAGAUGGACGAGACGGAGCGAAGGGUGACAAAGGGGAUGCAGGAGAACCAGGACGUCCCGGCAGCCCAGGGAAGGAUGGGACAAGUGGAGAGAAGGGAGAACGAGGAGCAGAUGGAAAAGUUGAAGCAAAAGGCAUCAAAGGUGAUCAAGGUUCAAGAGGAUCCCCAGGAAAACAUGGCCCCAAGGGGCUUGCAGGGCCCAUGGGAGAGAAAGGCCUCCGAGGAGAGACUGGGCCUCAGGGGCAGAAGGGGAAUAAGGGUGACAUGGGUCCCACUGGUCCUGAGGGGCCAAGGGGCGACAUUGGGCCUUUGGGCCCAACUGGUUUACCAGGUUCCAUGGGCCCUAUUGGAAAGCCUGGUCCCAAGGGAGAAGCUGGACCCAUGGGGCCCCAGGGUGAGCCAGGAGUCCGGGGAAUAAGAGGCUGGAAAGGAGAUCGAGGGGAGAAGGGGAAAAUCGGUGAGACGCUCGUCUUGCCAAAAAGUGCUUUCACUGUGGGGCUCACGGUGCUGAGCAAAUUUCCUUCUUCAGAUGUGCCCAUUAAAUUUGAUAAGAUCCUGUAUAACGAAUUCAACCAUUAUGAUAUAGCAACGGGGAAAUUCACGUGCCACAUUGCUGGGGUCUAUUACUUCACCUACCACAUCACUGUUUUCUCCAGGAAUGUUCAGGUGUCUUUGGUCAAAAAUGGAGUAAAAAUACUGCACACCAAAGACGCUUACAUGAGCUCUGAGGACCAGGCCUCUGGUGGCAUUGUCCUGCCGCUGAAGCUUGGGGAUGAGGUGUGGCUGCAGGUGACAGGAGGAGAGAGGUUCAAUGGCUUGUUUGCUGAUGAGGACGAUGACACAACUUUCACAGGGUUCCUUCUGUUCAGCAGCCCGUGACAGAGGAGAGUUUAUAAAUCAGCCACACCAUUCAUCAGAAUCAGCUUGGUGACGAACUUAUUCAGACGGUUUUACUUUACUAAUUCCUCCAAUUAUUACAAUAAUCAUAAAAAGGUGAAACUGGAAAAGUUAUUCCCAAAACUGAUUCUGUGUAACUUACUAUCUUUCCAGGAGUAAAUAUUGAAAAUAGCUGCAUGGUUUAUUCUAAUUUAUUUCACAUUUCUUAUUCCUAUUAUCUGAAGAAUCCUCUGCCUGUGUGUUUCUUGCGGGAAGAGUGUUUUGAUAUCGUUUUAGUGCUCUGAGGAGUCAUGUGAAGAUGUAUCCCUCAUCUGUGUUUCUGAGGACAUUAAGGGGAAAGUAAAGGGAAAUCUUUAUUCCAUUUAGUACUAGUAACAGCUUUAAGUUGGUGAUGCUGUCACACUCCAGAAAGCUGUAGACACUGCUCAUUUUGUCUUUUUUUAACAAAUUAUUUUUAAGUUCUGGGAUACAUAUACAGAGCGUGCAGGUUUGUUACAUAGUAAACGUGCUGUGGUGGUUUGCUGCAUCUAUCAACCCGUCACCUAGGUAUUAAGCCCUGCCUGCAUUAGCAUUUGUCCUGGUGCGCUCCCUCCCACUUUGCUCAUUUUCUAACCUAGGUUUUAAUCACCAUUCCAUCCAACAAAUCAUUGUUUGAUCAUUAUUUGCCAGGCGUGAAUCCCUAUUUGUUUUCUAGGAUUGCCCAAAUAAAGUACGCAAAGUGGGAGUCUUUAAACAACA